UCAAAUCCAAACACUAAAUAGAUUACUAUUUUCCAACACAACAAAGUCUCAGUGUCUUUGAGACAAAAGUACCACUCACUCUUCUUUCCAAAUGAAUACAAAUGCACCCAUCGUACCCUAAGUCCGAGUUUGUUCUUAACACUUUCCAAUUUCCUUUGCAAAAUGCGGCCAAAAUUGAUUUUGAUUGUCUGAAAAUAUUUUUAACUAUUUUAAAAACACUUUCAAAUUAUCUUUAUUGAUGAUUAGCUAGAUUGCAAGUUGUUAUCACACAAGGACAUUUCCAAAGGACAACACUAGCUUGAAGAGAGCCGAAAGGGGUCUUUAUCAACUAAUUAUUCUAUCUGCUCCAUCUGGAAAGCAUGCAAUGCACUAUAAAUAGACCAAUCGAUCGAGUGUUCUAAGUUCCUCACAGCAAGAAGCUAGCAAGCUCGACUAAUUGACUUCACAAUCUUCACAACCCCCAUUUUAUACUCUUUUAAUUGUCUGUUUCCAGUCUCUGACUCGCAAUGGACAUGAUAACAAGCAUGGUGGCCGAAAAGCCGGUGGUGAUCUUCAGCAAGAGUUCUUGUUGCAUGAGCCACACCAUCAAGUCACUCAUAUCAAGCUACAGGGCAAACCCAACAGUGUAUGAGCUAGAUGAAAUGCCAAAUGGGCAGGCUAUUGAAAGUGCUCUAGUUCAGCAGCUCAAGUGCCAACCAAGUGUGCCGGCUGUUUUCAUAGGGAAACAGUUCGUCGGCGGAGCUGAUCAGGUCAUGAGCCUUCAAGUCAGAAACCAGCUUGCCCCAAUGCUCAUAAGGUCCAAUGCUAUUUGGGUUUGGAUCAGAACCUGAAACAUCCUCAUGUAUCUAUAACAAAAGUUAUACUCUAAAAUCCAGAUCUACACUACUUAACAAAGCUCAAAUAACAGUUUUUUCGAUUCCCUCCUUGCAUUUCUCCUUUCGGUUGGUAUCACGAAUGGUAGUCGGUGUCGAUGUAUACAAGCUUUUUUCACCUCAUUUAUCUUGUACUAGUACUACCCUUGAUUUCUUCUUUUUCUGGGCAAGGCCGAAGUUAGUUCCACUUGUUGAAGAGGAUGAGCUUGUAUGUUUUCAGUUCCUGUAUUCUCCCUUAACUAUAUUAUAUGCAUGUUUAAUAAAACAGAGAGUAGUCAAAUACUUUAACUGCAAUAGUUCUACAACUGCUCAGCAUAUAUCCUCGAUUAAGAAUUACGAGUCAUAAAAAUAUGAAACUUAUAAAUGCUGAACUUACCUCAUGCUCAAAGGAAAUCCAUCGAAAAUAGACCUUAGGUUCUCUAAUUCGUGGUUAGGAUGCCACGAAUAGGUCUUGCAUUUUGCUUUGCUUUAUUCUGGUUCUGAAAAAUAUAUUCACUAAAGUUGACAUUCCCGCACAAGCUGUAGCACAUCUCAAACUAUCCUUCUUGUUCACAAUAUAUGGUUAAA